UGAACCACACUUCAAGACCACGUUUGCAAUUUCCGUAAAGCAUUAUCGCAAUCUUACGGCCUUAUCCAACAUGCCGAUAGAAAGCAAAAAUAUGGACGAUGAUGACUUUAUGUGGACACACUUUCAAACUACUCCUCCAAUGUCGAUUUAUCAAGUUUCGGUUGUUGUGACAAACUUUUCUCAUAUUCAUAUUAACGAAAAUAUCAAAUUAUGGUGCGAGAAUUGCUCAAGAUUGCAGUCACUAAAAUACGCCGAGGAAGUUACAAAAAAUAUCACGUUGCAAUUGAAAUCUGAAUUUAAUGGAAUAAAGAUUCCGAAAAUGGAUCAUAUUGCAAUUCCGAAUUUUCCGCACGAUGGCACAUCGAAGUGAGGACUCAUCUUUCACAGAGAAGCUGAUCUUAUCUAUGAUGAGAAAUUAGACCCACUUAUGCGCAAAACAAAAAUUGCACACUCCAUAGCACCUAAAAUAGCAUAUCAAUGGCUUGGUAAUGUAAUCACCCCAUCUUGGUGGACAGAUUUUUGGUUACACGACGGCCUUGCUACAUUAUUCGGAGAAAAAGCUAUCGCUAAGGUCUAUAAUAAUUCUCAGAUGAUGGAUUUAUUCAUAGUUCAGAAUCAAUACGAUUCUCUUUAUUUAGAUUCUCAUUUUGAUAUGAAUCCUCCAGGAAUUAACAGCCUAUCGAAAAUUGAUUCAAUUUUUAGUUCUCCCCAUUACAUGAAAGCACGUUUUGCGCAUUGACUCCCAAUAAAUUUUGGUUCAUGCAAGAAGAUUUAGCUAAUUUGUCUCAAUAUUACACAUCACAUGAUUUCCAAAAGUGGAUAAGAUACAGACAUUACCCUGUUAUACGCUGGACACAUGAAAACCCUUUCUACGGAUCAUUGACGCAAUAUUUCAAUACAUCGAGUUACGGUAAAUGGUGGAUACCAAUAAAUUUAGUAACAAAGUUUUCCUUACGAAGAGCCGUUAAGAUAUUGCUAACACCGCGAGAGCCGUUUGCAAAAGUACAUUAUUUUGGGCGCCCUGCUGAAGAUGAUUGGAUAAUGGUUGACAUUCGGCAAGCUGGAUAUUAUCGCGCCGAUUAUGAUUCAGAAAACUGGCUCAAAAUUGCACGUUACCUAAGUUCUGGGGAAUAUAAAAUUGAAAAAAUGAGAGAAUUAUUAACUAAGCCUCUGGAGAUACUAGGAUUUGAAGAUCGUCCGAUAGAAAGUGAUUUUACUAAAUGUCUGAGGCAAGAGAUCGUAAAAUGGGCAUGUAUAGCUGAAUUAUCUAAGUGCUUGGCAAGAAUGAAGCAAGAACAACAUCUAGAACAUUCUGAAUUAGACAACUUCAUAUAUUGGAAAGAAUCAAGACAGAAUGCAACAAAGGAAGACAUCAAUGUUUAUGUCAGAACUUUCCAGCACAUUAUUGCAAAAUAUGCUAAGAACGAGGCCGCUCUUUAUAGAAUAUUAUGGAACUUGCAGUACAUCAAACCACCAGAAAUAAGUACAGCUGCAGGAUUAAUUAAUAUUAUAAACCACAUAUACAAUACAACACUGCUUGGUAUGGUAAGUUUUAUAAAUCAAAACAUUAUAUUUACUUAUCAAAAAUUCUAUUAAACAUAUUCGCAGUACAUAUAUCUGCGAAUAUAAAUACUAUAACUUGUAUAUA